AUGACCUCUAUACAACUAGAUGUUUCAGCCCAUGCGAUUCCUUUGCUUCAUGCAGCCAAAUACCCUGCAUACAAUGUAUGUGGUGUAUUGCUUGGAAAAGUAAAUGGUUCAAAUCUACACAUCACUAAGGCUAUACCUUUCUUUCAUCAUUGGACUACCUUAUCACCCAUGCUUGAAGUUGCAUUACGCCAGACAGAGAUUUAUGCACAUGAUAAUAAACUAACUAUCAUUGGUUGGUAUCAUGCUAAUGAAGACAAGGAUGACACUAGAUUAUCUGAUGGAACUAAACAUGUUGCUGAAACAAUACGAAAACAAUGUGGACAUUGUGCUGUGUUUUUGAUCAACAACAAGACCUUCUCUCAACCAGACGAAACAGCAUUUAUACCAUAUGUAUAUACAGAUAAUCAAUGGAAAGUGACAAAUCAACUGACAAUUCCAGAGGAAGCCUCUGUCAAAAGUCAAGAACUGAUUGCAUCAUCAAAAUACAAAGAUCUGCAUGAUUUUGAUGAAGCUUUAGAAGACGCGUCAUUAGAUUGGUUGAAUGGAUUUAUUUAA